AUGUUUCUGUCUCACAAAUACCUUAUAAGUCAUAUCUCACCUCCAGUCCCAGUGACAAAGGGGAGUGAACAGGGGAUGUUAAUGCCUACUGGUAGUAAUAAUCAAGUUCCUCCACAAUUUGUUGAUGCCACUCCAUUCAUUCCUAGGAACUCAAAUCAGAACCAACACCCAAAAACACAAAAUAUACUGGCACUACCUGUCCUGCCAGUUCUGAACUCUCCUCAUACAAGUGAUGUGCAAUCGUUAAGGGGAGUUGGAUUAUCCCAAUCUUCUACGUCGUCUCACCACCACUCUACUGCAACUUGUUCAUCGAACGAUUUAUCACCACCUGAUUUCCAAUCUCGUUUGGGAACUUCGGGUAUAAUCAAGGGAAACCAACCACUGGGGAACAUUUUUAUAGGACCUUAUCCAUUAGAAUCUGCUCAUGAAGAAAUGAGCUUUCAUUCAUCUCCUCGCAAGGAUUAUAAGGAAGUAUUGCCCCCUCCUCGUACAUUACACUUUAAAGCACUUCUGAGGUUUGAUCCCGGUAUCCAAUUUUUUUGGAAGUAUCGUCCACUCUUGAAACCUGAAGCAAUGAUCAGAAAGAAAAUGAUCUACAUAUCUGAAGAAAAAGUAGAGCACUACACUCUGGAAGCCAAACGCAUUUAUGGAGAUGGAUAUAUUCCUCGGCCAGAGGAAGCAAAUGAAAUUUCGAAGAUAAAACUGGCAAUCACAAAGUUUGCCGGUCGUAUGGGAUUGAAUUUUGCUCCUAAUAUUGAUUAUAGUGUGAAUUUGGUUUCAAGACUAAAAUUAAUGUUAUCAGGCAUUGAAGUGACGCCCUAUGUGAACAAGUUCUUUAAAAACGUAUACUUGUACUUUCCUGUGAUUGAACAAGAAGAUUUCACAAAGGAUUUGAGUCGAAUUUUGGGACAAGACCUCACACCAACAACUACUUGUCAGAAUCUUAAGUUUGAAGAAAGAGAUGAUGUUGCCACUAUUGCAAUCUUAUUAAUUAUGAUACGAUGGGUCUCCAUAUCCGAAAUUGAGUUAAAGUACGAUACUCAAUCUUAUCUUCUAGUUCCUACAGAUGAAAGUUCUCGGUUUGGUAUACUACCUAUUGAAUUCGUUGACUUGGCUGAAGACUGUAUGAAAGAACUUAACAUAACUCGAUUCCGUUCCAUACGUAUCCUUCAGAGUUUACUUUUUAUCAGGGCAUAUAGGAUGCAUGCACCUGAGGAAGUAGAUAGUACUAGUGGAUCAUCAACUCAGGUAUUUAAUGGUAUCAUCAUAAAUAUGGCAUUCGCCUUGGGACUAAACAGGGAUCCAAGCAAAGUUGCCAACUAUGAUCCGGACCCAAAAGUUAGAUAUCAACAAAAGAAGCUUUGGUUCUAUGUGAAUAAACUUGAUCUAAUUGAUUCGAUGUUGUACGGAUCCAUGCUCAGUACUUCUGAUGAAACAUUUGAUUUAUCUGAGAUUACAGUUCAUGAACUCAAUGCCAGUGUACAAACUUUUCAAUCUGAAAGAAUUGCUCUAGAUCUUGAUUUAGAGUUCAAUCAAAUUAGUGGUCCAUUGAAGAAAAUUGUAAAGGUGAUAGUUGAUUUAAAAAACCCUGUGCGGGUUAGUUCAUUACUAGAAGAAGCAACCAAGCUUGAAAUCUGUAUGAAACACAUUUUAGGUGAAUUUUCCAAAUAUCUUGAUCCAAAUUAUUUUAUACAAAAACUGGUAAAGGUUUGGAAAUUUGUCAUUUAUUUGCAUUGCCAAAUGGUAUUAUGUUAUAUUUAUCAUAUACUAUUCUUACAUUAUGAACAGAAAAGGAAUUACCAGAUAAUGUUAUUCUACUUUAAUAAGUAUAUUAAUAUUGUUGUGGUUGAAUGGGCUCAAUUAACUCCUGAGAUACUUGCAAAGGCAUUCGACGGUAAUGGAUGGCUUUUAAUUGCUCCGACCUUGCAAUUGCUGUAUCAAAUGCUGUUGCUAAUAUGUAAUACUUCCAUCCUUCGAUUAUCAGCGGGGCUCUAUCGGAUAAAGAUUGAAAAUAUUCAAGAUCCAGCAAAAGAGGAAGCCAUUCGACAAUUUCUUAAAGUCAUGGAGGAUACUUGCAUGCACAAGAUAAGAGGGCUUUACAGUUUAAGAAACCGAUAUAGUAUGGCAUGGAAAUUGAGUAAGGUUCAUUUUGGAGUUUAUAAUAUUCUUAAAGAUCUAAACUACUUUGAUUCCCUUGCACCUGAUAUACCUGAUGUGGGAUACUUACCAGAGAUUGAAUUUGGAUUGGCUACUUCAGAUAUCCAAAACACAGUGUCCCGACUUUCAAUGCUUAAAAAUGGUCCAUUUUUAACCGUUGAAAAUUUGGUUUCAUCUUUAAAGGAUAGAGCCGAUAAGUGUUUGGCCGAAAGUAUUCAGAUUGACAACAUGUGGAUUCAUAUGGCCAAUUUCUACCAUGAUGCUGAUGCCGUUCCUCUUACAUGCCAAAAUGAUGGGUCUUCGGGUUUAGGUUUGGAAUCUACCAGUUAUAGUAUAUUUCCUACUGAUUUUGAGCCUUUUGGAAGUAUGCUGUUAUUCCAAAUUUAA